CUGAAAUCCGGAACUAACUUUAAUUUCAGGAAUUACGGAUCGGCCUACACCGCUGCAGCAGCAGCAGCAGCUGUAUACGGAAAUCUAGGUGUUGGACAGUCUGCUUCACAAGCACAACAACAAUCGAGCAGUGUUUUCGGGUCUUCAACAACAAAUCCCUACGCUACGUAUAGCAACUCUGUGGCCGCUUCUUAUGGUUAUGGGAAUCAAUCCACAAGCGCUGCCUCUAUGUACGCGGCCCAAGCUGCACAGGCACAAGCGCAGGUUCAGGCUUCGCAAGUGAGUCGUCUAUCCGCCGAUGCUGCAUAUGCAGCAGCGGCUGGCGUGGCGCAAAGUCAGUACUCUGCAUUUAGCGUAGGACAACUGGCAGGGUUUGGCUCUCAGUCAAGUGCUGGAACCACUGUUGGAUAUGGCAGGCCGACAGCGUCAGCUACGAGUCAAGCUGCAAAAUCACUUGCAGCUCUUGCAAAUGCUAACAAGUCCGCCCUUACAAUUAAUUCUCCGAGUUCAUAUUCGAACUAUGAUGCUGCUGUUUAUGCAGCUGCCUCUUCUUAUCUUCAUUCGAAGGCAACUGGAACCUCAAACAUGUGGAUGAUGCUGAAUAUCACCAGAAAAGUUGUAGGUGGUGUUGGACGAGGUGGAACUUUUGCAAACAAGCGAUUCAGUAGUGGCACUGGAGUUCAGAGAGAGGCACAACAGUUUUACUGUGAGGUGUGCAAAAUUUCGUGCGCCGGCCAACUUACAUAUAAAGAACAUCUGGAAGGUCAACGUCAUAAAAAGAAGGAAGCCUUGGCAAAAGGAGAGAACAACCCAAGUUUACCAAAAAGCAAGGUGUCAUUUCGCUGCGACCUUUGCAAUGUCACUUGUACCGGCCAAGACACUUAUAACGCCCAUGUUCGUGGUGCGAAACAUCAGAAAACACUGACUUUGUGCAAGAAAUUAGGGAAACCUAUUCCAUCUACGGAGCCAACUAUUAUUCCUCCAUCAGAAAUGGGUGGUGUUAUCCCACCGCCACCGAAUGCUGUUAAUACAACAUCAUCCUCCAAUACAAACGUGUCUGGAAAGAGGGUGGUGGGUAUAUCAACUGUAAAUUUUGUUGGAGGAGCAAAAUUGUCUACAAUAGCUGGUCAACUAGAAGCGAAAAAGCAACAGGUUUUACAACCAGUUGGCACUGCAGGAACGAAGGCCACUGAGGAGUCUGCAGUGCAGACAGUUAAGGGACAGACAGAAGAAUUACAGGCACUGAUUGCUGCGGAGCAAAAUUUGAAGCCAGUUGGUGAAGAAUUUGUAGAAGCACAACGAGAUGCUACCGGAAAACUUCUUCAGUACCUGUGCAAAUUGUGCGACUGUAAAUUCAGCGAUCCAAACGCAAAGGAAAUUCAUUUAAAAGGACGCAGACAUCGCCUACAGUAUAAAAUGAAGGUGGACCCAAAUUUGGAAGUGGAGGUUAAGCAAACAACGAGCCGACGUGGUUCUAAGUACGAACGUGGUCGUGGUUCUAUGGGUGGAAUGAUGGCUCGAGGUGGUCCGCCACCUCCCCCAUCCGGAAUACCUGUUCCACGGAACGUUGGUCUUUUUGGACCUAUAGUUCCUGGCAUACGUGGCCCAUGGUUUGGCAAUGGUCCUAUUGAUGGUAGAAGAUUCGAAAGUACGGAUGACCGCCAUGUCCAGGCGAAGCAUACAUCGAUUUAUCCCAACGACGAACAACUUACUGUUAUUGAGAGUCUUGUUACUGAAACAGAGAAGGCUCUUAAGAAAGUUUCUGAUUACUUCAACGAGCGCGAAUUCUUUUCUAGUGAUCGACCAGACACCAAGCCUGUAGCAACGAACUCAAGCACGACUGACACAGGUGGGGAGGGCACCAAGGAAACGGCAGCACCAGAAAAGGAUCGUUUGCUGAAAGGUGUAAUGCGUGUAGGAAUGCUAUCGAAAGGACUGCUUCUUAAGGAUGAUACUGAGGUACAUUUAGUUGUUCUGUGCUCCCAUAUACCAGGAUGUUCUCUUUUGAAAGAAGUAGCACUUCUCAUUCCGCUUCAUUAUGAGAAACCAGAAGGCUCAACAGUUGAGUUAUCUGUGGAGGAGUCAACGGCGUCGAUGAUUUUGCGUCAGAGUUCUGUUCCCGUACAGUGUCGCAUUACUCUAACGUCUCGUGAAUUCAGAGAGGAUGUGUUAGGCAACGCAGCGCCUCCACCACCCCCUGGAGAUGCCCUAGACAAAGAGGUUUGCCUCAAGGCACUGGCUCAGCUACGCCACGCUAAGUGGUUUCAGGCUCUGAAGAAGGCGAUACUGCCGAAACGUCAGCUACUGUUGCAUUGUGUGUGGGUUUUUGCGUGGAAAUGUGUGCUGUAUAAUAAUGUCGCGAUUGCUGAACAAGAAAACGACUUACAGUUUAUUCGUAUUAAUUACGCAAUAAGUAUUUAUAAUCAUCUUGGGGCUAGAUGCAUCUAUCUUCAAUCGUGUCAGGUUACACUUCGUAUCCUCCGUGAUAUCCGGGCAAGGAUUGAGUCAUGGAGACCGCUGAAUGACUGGAUGUGUGAGCUUCUCGUCGAGAAAGUACUAUCUUCUUGCUUGGCGCCGUUAUCCGUUGGAGACGCCCUUCGUCGCGUCUUUGAAGCUGUUGCUAGUGGUGUGCUUUUAAAAACCGGUCCAGGACUUCCUGAUCCAUGCGAGAAAGUAUCAAUAGACGUGUUGGCUCCGCUCACUGGUCAGCAACGAGAAGCGAUUACCGCCAGUGCUCAGCAUGCUCUUCGUCUCAUUGCGUUCAAUCAGUUAUAUAAGGUAGGCGACUUGUUUUAA